UCAUGAUUUAUUAAUGAUGAAUGAACAUGGAAUCAGUACUUAACUAACACUUAGUUACUGGUUAAUUAAUGCAUUAAGUAAAUGUGUACUAUUGUAUUUGUGUCCCCUCAAGUUGACCCAUUUAUGGUAGCUUCGUAAGGGUACAAAUCAUAUAGUUCAGUAAUGCUUAACUAAUGAUGAUUUAAUGCAUGAAUUAUUGCAAGAUGGCUUUAUGUAAUUCUAAUCCAGCUAAUUUUGAGGCAAUUAUCAAUUAAUGUAUGAAAUACCUGUAAAUUAACAUUGCUUAACUAAUGGCCUAUUAAUUAAGCGUGAAGCAAUCCAAAUGCCACAGUGACUUAAUUAUUAGCUCAUGGUGGGCAGCAGGAAUUCAUGAUACAUCUUGCAUAAAUUCAUUAUUAUUUAAGCAUUACUGAAGUAUAUGAUUUGCAUCUUCAUGAAGUGUGCCCACAUUUAUUAUUAUUUCGGAAUUACGUUUCAAAAUUCUGCUGCAGUUGGAUGUUUCCAGAAACUCACCUGACGAGUCGAAUACUUCCUGCUUUGAAACCAGCCGUUUCUGCACGUGACUACUGGGGGUGGUGAGGGGGCUUCUUAACAGCUUAACAAAUGAAAACUGAGAAAGGGUGACUAAUGAAUGGCAGAGAAAGAAGACGCAGGCAUAAUUUUCGCUUUCGCUUGAGGAACCUCGGAUUGCAAGGGCUACACGUUUAGACGUUACUACGGCGCGAUCAUCAGAUAGACACUAAACAACGAGGAAAAUAUAUGGUAAACCUACUUAAAAACAUUAUUCCUUAAAUCGACACUUUAUAGAUAUUGUCAAAAAUAAUUCAUAAAUAUAUAAGUGUAUCUGUGUGUUGCAUAACAUUUCGUGACAAGUUUAUACAGGAACAAGAGUGUAUGAAAAAAUAUAUCACCGAUUAUUGAUAAAUGUUCGGAAAAAAAAAUUACGACUGAAAAAACAUUCAUUUGGCACCUCAUAUAAAAUACUUUAAGUUUUUUUUUUUUUUAAUAAAAUAUACCUGCAUUACUUUGUUUGGCCCAAUAAAUUAAUAUAAUCGUGUACUUUAUUUAGCCAACUAUUAACCAGCGCUUAAAUAACAAAGGUUAGCUGUGCUUUAAAUGUUAUAUUUCUAUGCAGUCGCUUAUAUAAAACAUGGAAUGAGACGGAGAGGAAACAAAUCAGAAGUGUAAAGGAGAGUUCUUCCACAGUUUCAGUGACCACAUAACUGGCAUUCCUCUCUAUCUCUCGAUCAUUCCUUUUACUUUAGCCAGCACUAACUUUUGUUGCUGAAUUCGGCAUUGUGGUUUGUCCUGUUUCAGUGCUGAGGUUUACACACUCGCUUUUUAACCACCUAAACUCUUACCUACUCCGAUGUACAUAUUCCCAGAGAUUUUUGAUUUAUUGAAACCUACAUAUAUGCGCACAUUGAUCUGUCCAUUAUCCAUCUAUCUUCCAACAGGUAAUCCUGGACAGGGUUGUUGGGGGGCUUGGAGCAUGUCGAAGGCAGCACAGGAGCUGACAUUGUCAGGAACUUCCUCCAUGGAGCAUUUAAGCUCCCGCCAGGGCGGCGAUGUAAAGACUGUUCAUGAAGAAAACCCAUACUGUGAGGACAUCCUUCUCAUUGGACAGGAGAAAUGUGUAGAGGAUUGGCCAGAAGGUAGUCCCGAGCUUAAUCCUUCCUGGAAACCAGCUGGCAAAUUAAGACUACGGAGAGAAGCAUUAAAGGUCGCCGUAGAGAUGGAACAGGAAAGCAGAGAAGAUAUGGAUCAGAGUGGGCUUGCAAGAAGUGACAAGCUGAAGAAAGGAAAGAAGUUCAAGGUACCAUUAAUCCAGAGAAGAGGCUCUAAGAAAUUGGAUGAAUCCUUAAAACAAACGGAGUUCCUUAAGGAGAAAGGAGCAGAAGUUGAUGUCCAGGAUGGGAUGCAACACAACAAAGUAAAGAAAUUUAAGAUAAAAUUCUUGUCUCUCAGAGCAGCCAAGGAAACUCAUCAGGAAGGAACAAACCGUGAAAAUCUCUAUGCAACUUUCAGAGGCUUAAAGGGUACAACAGAGCUGAGGGACAUUCCGCUUGGAGUCGCUUCAGGCAAAUCCUCCCUCACAGGUGCAGCAGAGCCAGGACAACAGUCCACUCCAAUUGACACAAUGCUGUCUGAUGGUCCAGAGGCUGGGGAGACAGAAGAUGGGAAAGCAGGGGUCAGUUUCACUCUCCUACAUCAGGACACUGGCAGCCUUAAUGCGGGGUGGAAAAGAGUCAACCAAUGGAACGACAUGACCCUUGAAGAAAAAGAAUUGACUGAAAAAGAAGAGGCAGAAGCACUAGCGUUCCUGGCAGACAGGGUGCAAGGUGGGAUCCAUGACUUCAACAGGGUGUUCACUGAGCAUGCAGAAGGCCUUUGGCAGCACAUUGGCACCCUUAAUGCCAUUGCUGAUGACAUCAGCAGCUUGCACAAGAGGGCCAAAGUCCCCAGCAUCAUCAUUCCAGUCAAUCUGGACACUUCUUUAAAUAUCCCUACAAUGGAGAUGGGUGUGGCCCCGACAGGGUGCCCCUCUCCUGCAUCAGCUGGCAUCACUGGUAACUUCAGCAACUCUAUGGCGCGCAAGAAUCUGGAGAGUAUAAUGGAGGACUAUCAGGCCAAGAUGGUUGACAUCAAUAAUCACUUGAGUUUUGUCAAACUGGAGAUGGAGAAGUUGCAGGGUCAUGGUCAGCGAAGGAAGGAAUGGACCUACCACACGGACUGGGAAGUACGGCGAGCUCUCCAGAUUGCCAUGGGGGGGGGGGACAGAGUCAACCGAGCGGAGAGUGUAGUCUGCAUCGUUUUAGGAGAACUUACAAGUUUUCUCCAAAGCAUGGACAGCUUCUACAUAGGCAAGGACACGUGUGAGCUGAAGAAAAGCACCAAGAGGGAGUUUGCCACCAAGAUCCAGGAGGUGGUACAGCAUUUGCAGGAGCAGCACACGGAGCUGAAUAGGAUCCGGGAGGAGCUCCAGGAUGCAAUUGGCUACAUCUAAAUUCACUCUCUACAAUCAUCCUUUGGUUUUGGUUAAGAAAUGUGAUGUGUUGCAUUUUUAAGUUAAGAUAAAAUAAACAUACCCAGAAAGUCAUUUAUGCAUUGAAUGCAACUGAACAUCAUUCAUAUUUCAUCUGUAACGGGGGGGGAUGACAAUAGUUGGAGAUUUCUUUACAACAUCGGAAUAAAUGCCAUUCUGCUGUCCACACAGUGAACGUGCCAACCUCCAGACUGCUACGAAAAGUGGCCAAUACUUCUGGAAAAAAAAAACAUCACUCGUUUAACCUUUUAUUUUUCAUUCCAUAUUCCAAAUAUUAGUAAUUAAUCAAAAACUCCAGACGGAGUUUAGGUACGUCGCUUAACGUGCGGGUUAUGUUCUGACCAAUAGGAUGUUAGGGGACCUGGAUGAUAUACAAACACUAUGUGCUCUGUAUACAAACCUAUAUGGUAAUACAAUAUACUGCACCUGUAUUGUACUUGUACUUCCUAAAUAAAGAAGAGAGUUUAUAUGA